CACCACCACCGCCGCCGCCGCCCAGUGACAACAAACAUGGCUGACCGCGUAGUGUCACAGGAGCUCACCGAGAAAAUCGUCCAGUUCCAGGAGGUGACAGGGACGGAGGACAUGGAGGAGGCGUGGUCACAGCUUGAGGGCCACGGCUGGGACCUGGUGGCAGCUGUGCAGAACCACCUCGCCAUCAAGGAGUCCCAUGGCGGCGGUGGUGGUAGUGGUGGAGGCUUUGCCCACAACACCGCCUCAACCUCCAGCCAGAACGGCACAAACACAGACGAAAGAGGCGACAGUGGCGGCGGCGGCGGGAAUUCAACGCCACCACCACCACUAGCACCAGCAGCAGCAGAGGGGGUGGCGGGCCCAUCCUCGUCACCUUCACCAUCAUCGCCAUCACCACCACCACCAACACCCCCGACCGGCAGUGGUGCGGGGCGACAGGCGACACCCCAGAGUAGCAGAAGCACCGGCAUCAGCACCGUCGUUGGCUACCACCAUGGCUUCCGGGGUCGCAGGGGGUUCUUCCCGUGGGGGCUGCUGGGCUGGGGGUAUUACCUAGUCACCUUGCCCCUGCGCCUCACUCUAGCCUCCCUGUCAUCCUUCGUCCUCUUCCUCUAUCGCAUCGUCUACCCGUCCCCUCGAAGAUUAACAGACCCGCUGGAUGAUGUUCUGCGGUUCAUCCGUGAAUACGAGGCGGAGUAUGGCCAGCAGCACCCAGCGUUCUUCCAGGGGUCCUACUCCCAGGCCCUGAGCCAUGCCAAGAGUGAGCUCAAGUUCCUCUUAGUCUACCUGCAUUGCGCCGACCACCAGGACACCCCGCUCUUCUGCAGAACCAUCCUAUCAGACCCCACACUCGUCGAAUACAUCAACACCUCCAUGGUCUUCUGGGGCUGCUCCGUCACCUCCGCUGAGGGCUACCGCGUCUCCCAGGCCCUGCGGGAGAACUCGUAUCCCUUCCUGGCCCUUGUGGUGCUGAGAGACAACCGCAUGACCGUGGUGGGCCGCCUGGAGGAGCUGAUCCCCGCCCCGCAGCUCACCACUCGCCUCCAGGCACUUGUGAGAGAGAACGAGGCACAUUUGGUGGUGGCGCGCGCUGAGAGGCAAGAGAGGGAGCUGACAGCUGCUCUCAGAUUACAACAGGACGAGGACUACCAGAUGAGCCUGCGGGCGGACCAGGAGAAGGAGCGGAAGAAGCAGGCGGAGCGGGAGGAGGCCCAGCGGAAGGAGAGGGAGGAGAAGGAGAAACAGGAGGACCAGCAGAGGGAGAAGGACAACAUCAGGAGGCAGAAGAUGGAGUGGGUGGACAGAGUGCCUCAGGAGCCAGAGGAAGGGACGGAGGGUGUAGUGCACAUUGUGGUGAAGCUGCCGCAGGGGACCAGGCUGGAGAGGCGGUUCAUGAAGACAGACAGCCUAGCCUGCCUCUACUACUACAUCUUCUGCCACCCGGACUCCCCUGACAGGUUCCAGGUGACCACCAACUUCCCCCGCCAAGUGGUGCCCUGCGAGCCCACCACUGCCACGCCCGUCCCGCCCACCUUCCAGGAGUUCCGUCUCCCGCCCAGAAGCAUGUUGUUUGUGUCUGACCUCGACGCGUGAAGAGAGAGGGACAGAGUGCGAGUAGUGGAUGUGGGUUGACAGAUUCUUAGUGAUUCUUAGAGACCGAGAGAGGAUGUGGGUGGGUGUAUGGAGGACUGAGAGAGUGAAGAGAUGGGGAGUGGGUGUGCUUUUGAAGAUACCUGGAGACAAAGACAGCUGGGGGACAGACAAAUGAGAAGUAGGUGCAGGGUUAAAGAGUAUGGAGGACUGAGAGAGUGAAGAGAUGGGAAAUGGGUGUGCUUUUGAAGAUACCUGGAGACAAAGACAGCUGGGGGACAGACAAAUGAGAAGUAGGUGCAGGCUUAAAAAUACUUUGAGGAGAGGAAAGGUGUGGGUGGAUGCAUGGCAGGUUGAGAGAUGAGAGAUGGAGGUUUCAAAGAGAGAGGCUAAUGGAGAAAAGUCGUGGGUGUUUGUGGGUAUAGAGACAGACAGACAGAGAAAGUGUGUGUGUUUGUUUUGGUGUUGGGAAGUGGACGAGUUGAUACAGAUAGAGACUGAGGGAUAGUGUGUCAGUGAAAGAGAGAGAAAAUAGAAUGAGAGUAAGAGACUUAGAGUUGAGAUAAGAGAGAUAGAGAAGACGAGAGGUGGUUUGUGUGUAUGUGUGAGUGAAAUUGAUAGAGGGAAAUAAAAAAAGAAGGAUAAGAAGGGAUAGGAUAGAAGAAGUGAGAGAGAGAGAAAGAGAUUGUUACACUGGUGGCAGCAGUGGGAUACAGAGAGAGAGAGAGAGAGAGAGAGAGAGAGAGAGAGAGAGAGCGCAUGAGGAUGGCUGAGAGAAAGGAAAAGAGGGUUGAGGGUAGCAAUGAAAGAGUUGUUUGUAUCUGUUGUUGGUUGUUAGUUUUAUUUGCACAUAAUUUGACCAUUUUUAUUAAGUUUGUGCAUGGGGGUAUACUAGAGAGAGAGAGAGAGAGAGAGAGAGAGAGAGAGAGUGUGUGUGUGUGUGUGUGAUGAAAAGUGACCCAUUUUUCACUUGAGUUUCUAUACAUAGACAAAAGUAAAAAAAAAAAAAAAAAAAGUUGUGUUUUAUAAUGAAUCCGUUUUCUUCGACUUCCUGACUUUUUUACUUUUAUGCAUGACAGAACACGAAAAAAAAGUAAAUAAAAAAGAUAAAAAAAAAUGAUGAUGGAUAAGAAGGGAAAAUCAAUGUGUUAAUGAUAAUAAAAGACUGAAAAAAAAGGUGAAACGGAGAGAGGAAAUAGAAAGGAAAAUGAGGAUGAUGGUAGAUGGAAAGAAUAAGGAGCAGAAAAAAAGAGAAGGAAGAGGGAAAAAAAUAAUGAGGGAGAGGAGGAAAACGAAGAUGAGGAAGUAAUGGAAAAAAGGACGAGGAGAGAAAAAAUGAGAAGAAAGGAAGAAAAGUGAUGAGGUAGUGAAAGGAGGAGAGAAAAUAAUGAAAAAAAGAAAAAAACAGGAAACAAAAGGAAAAUGAGAAUGAUGGAUGAAAAGAGAAGAAAAGUAACGAUGAUGGAAAAAAAAAACAGAGGAAACAAAAGGAAAAUGAGAAUGAUGGAUGAAAAGAGAAGAAAAGUAACGAUGAUGGAAAAAGAAAAACGGGGAAACAAAUGAAAAAUGAGAAUGAUGGAUGAAAAGAGAAGAAAAGUAACGAUGAUGGAAAAAGAAAAACGGGGAAACAAAUGAAAAAUGAGAAUGAUGGAUGAAAAGAGAAGAAAAGUAACGAUGAUGGAAAAAGAAAAACGGGGAAACAAAUGAAAAAUGAGAAUGAUGGAUG